UCACCUGACUGAACUAAUUUAAGAUACAUUCUAUUUCUGUCGGUUAGGGGCAUUUGUCAUUCCAAAUCCACAUUUCGAAGUGAAUAUAUUGGAAGCAAAGCCUUUGAAGAUUCCGUCCAGCAAGAACACGGUGCCGCAAGUUUGAUUCAGCAGAACCACUAAGAAAACACCAAAACAAAUACAGUAAAGCAGAGAGCACUACAUACAGCACGGAAUUCCAGUUUGAACAGUACACUCAAAACAGCUUCUUGUGGAUAUGGACCGCAUGGAACUAAAGAAAAUCAGCACUGACCCUGAUGAUGAGAGCAACAGUGCAGACAGCAUGGAUGGCGGCUUCAAUGAGCCAAUAGAUUCAGAAAAGGCUACUAUUAGCAGUCAGUUUGCUGAUGAAGACGACGCAGAAAGUCAAAAGUUCCUGACGAAUGGAGGUUUGGGGAGUAAGAAGUAUGAGGAGUAUCAGGAAGAAUGUCACCCAGGAACCACUUCCUUUGGGAUGUCAGUAUUUAAUCUCAGCAAUGCCAUAAUGGGAAGUGGCAUCCUUGGGCUGUCUUAUGCCAUGGCAAACACUGGGAUUGUUUUGUUUGUAAUCCUCUUGCUAGGAGUAGCAAUAUUAUCACUGUAUUCUGUUCAUCUUUUAUUGCUAACGUCAAAAGAAGGAGGGUCUUUAAUAUAUGAGAAACUAGGAGAAAAGGCCUUCGGCUGGCCAGGGAAACUUGCUGCAUUUUUAUCUAUAACAAUGCAGAAUAUUGGAGCUAUGUCAAGCUACCUCUUCAUAGUGAAAUAUGAACUGCCGGAAGUAAUCAGAGCAUUCUUGGGCCUGGAGGAGAACACUGGAGAAUGGUACUUAAAUGGCAAUUACCUUGUGGUGAUUGUAUCACUGGCAAUCAUCCUUCCUCUUUCCAUGCUUAAAAGUCUGGGUUACCUUGGUUAUACCAGUGGCUUUUCUCUCACAUGCAUGGUGUUUUUCGUCGGAGUUUUGAUCUACAAGAAGUCCCAAAUCCCCUGUCCACUGCCUCUUUUGGACCCAAUUGGAGCAAACCAAACCCAUAAUACCAGCAUGCACAUAUCUCCAGCUAUCUUGCACAACAGAACGGUUCAUUCUGGUGCUGACUUCGCUAUGGAAUACUCUCAUGGCAAAACAAAAGCUCCUGGAGAGCACAGCAAUGGGGUGGUUUAUGAACCUCACCACGACAAGGAGGACAUGUGCAAACCAAAGUACUUUGUGUUCAACUCACAGACAGCUUACACAAUACCAAUCCUGGCAUUCGCAUUUGUGUGUCACCCAGAGGUGCUGCCAAUCUUCAGUGAAUUGAAAGACCGUUCGCGAAAGAAGAUGCAGAACGUUUCGAACAUAUCCAUUACUGCCAUGCUUGUCAUGUACAUGUUGUCAGCUCUGUUUGGCUAUCUUACUUUCUAUGGUAACGUGGAAGCAGAAUUGCUUCAUACCUUCACCAAAGUAUACAGGUUUGACACCCUGCUCCUCAUGGUCCGCCUGGCAGUAUUGAUAGCUGUCACCUUAACUGUCCCCAUUGUCCUCUUUCCAAUCCGAUCUUCGAUUACAGCCCUAUUAUUUGCCAGGAGAGAGUUCAGCUGGGUCCGGCAUUUCCUGAUUGCGGCAGUCCUGCUGGUUUUUAACAAUCUUCUGGUGAUAUUUGUGCCUACCAUUAGAGACAUCUUUGGUUUCAUUGGUUCCUCUGCUGCGACCAUGCUUAUCUUUAUCCUUCCAGCUGCGUUCUACAUUAAACUAGUGAAAAGCAUACCUCUUAAAUCACCACAAAAGAUAGGGGCACUUGUGUUUCUCGUCGUGGGAAUUAUUUUUAUGAUCGGAAGCAUGUCACUCAUUGUAAGUGACUGGAUUCACAACCCUCCCGGUUCUGGUGGCCACUAACCCAUUUGGGUUGAAAAAACAAGUAUACACUGAUGACUUGAAGCUCUGAAUGCCAUUCUCCAGCAAGCCCUCCACCUGUGUCACUCGAGGAGGGAGGUGUCGUUCCACGCUCAUGUUAAAGCAGGAUCCAAAAGACUGUAUUAGUGUAGUACCAGUGUUCUUUCGAAGAAGAAAAAACACGUAUCCUCUAGUGAUAGGGGGUGUUUCUAUUUAUGUUUUUAACAAAAUUAAUGCUUUUGUUUACUUACUGAUUAUUGGGUAGAUCUACUAAGUUGGGCCAGUGCAUUGCCAACAUACCGCAGUUUGCAUUUUCGUUACGACAGUUUGCAAAAUGCACAUUUUGUCGUAUAUGCUAAGAACAAAUAUGUUAAUGAAGAGAUUCACAAUAUACUAAUUUAAAUAUUAUUUGCGUCGUCUUAGCAAGACCUCUAGCGAGAGUUGAGCGACAGAGGGUUUGCUGCAGCAGAGGGUGCCCGAAAGAUAAUGUCUGUACAUGCAAGGGUGCAAGAAUCAAAAUAACUUUGUU